AAUCAUCGAUUCAUCGACCCGUAUCAUCCAUAUAUUUACGAAAUUUUUAAAAAUAGAGUAUAUAAUUCUCGAGAGAAUUUUUCCUUCGGUUUCAAUUUCGAGAAGAAAACUCGUAACUUCCGCGUUUACUCGACCUAAACAACGACCUAAACAAGACGGCGCAAUAAAACAAAUAAAAAUGUCGGGAUAAAAUUUAUCGAAAUUGUUCAAUAGCGGUUCCUCGUGGCUUCCAUUGGAUACCACCACUUAUCGGUGUCUCGGUUAGAAGUGUAUCUAGUCGAAACUAACGGUUCGAUGACCAAGGAUUUCAUACAAAAAAGAAACCUCGUUGAAAAACCCGUUACGGCCGCCAUGGGUUCAGAAACGGUGGCGUAUGCUAAAGGCGCCUCGCUCGUUGACACCGGCUCGAUUGCAUAAUUGCAACGCGAUAAGUGGUCUUGUUUUCUUCCCUUCCCCCUCCUCCGAGGAAGGAAAACUGAGUUGCUCGCCUAAAGGUCGAGGUUGGUGAAACCGGCUUCGGCGAAUAAAAUCCCUGCCCUAUCAAACCGCAUUAUUUUCGCAAUCUCUCACCAAUGUGAUAUUAGAAAAAUAUCGAAAUAUCCUUUUUUCCUCAUAAAUCCAUUUCGUCGUUGAUUAUUCGGUCUACAUUACUCGCUUGUUCCGGCGAACAAAAUUGUGACGUAAAGAAAUUUUAUUGGGCUGCUCGUAAAGUAAUUUCGUUCUUUCACACGAGUGUCACUAGUCAAACGGCCAACUUCAUUCUAGAGUAGAAAUUAUUGGGUCGCUCGAAAAGUAAUUUCGUUUUCUUGCACGAGUGUCGCUAGUCGAACAUUUUUCCGGCCAACUUCAUUCUAGAGUAGAAAUUAUUGGGUCGCUCGAAAAGUAAUUUCGUUUUCUCGCACGAGUGUCGCUAGUCGAACGUUUAUCCGGCCAACUUCAUUCUAGAAUAGAAAUUAUUGGGUCGCUCGAAAAGUAAUUUCGUUUUCUCGCACGAGUGUCGCUAGUCGAACGUUUAUCCGGCCAACUUCAUUCCAAACCAUGUUGUUAUAUAUUUCGAGAGCAUUGGCAGCAUUUCAUGGUUUAUUCGUAAGAAAAAUUCGUUCGAUUCCGUGCACGGUUUGUGUUUUUCGCGUGUGACAACGAAGAUGAGCAACAACGAAGAUCAAGAGAAGCAUUUUCCGCAUUAUUUUACUUUUAUUCUACUUUUUCCUUCCGAUAAUUUCGACGUUAAAUAAUGUGCCACGUUCUGGAAGAUCAAUCGAAGCUAACGACAAACAGAAUAAAUUGCACCGAUCGAAUCGUACCGACGAAUAACAACUCGUGAAAUAUGAAUUUCUCGAAUUCGACUGUUCACGAUCACUCGGUGUUUCAUUGUCACGGAAAAAAAAAAAAAAAAAACGAAAUUACUUUUCGAACAACCGAAUCGUUCAACGAUAACGUUACAAUCUAAAACGACAUCCAAAGAAAUCUUGGCGUCUCGUCAAAUUGUCGGGUUGACACCGAUCUCUUCCACCGGUGAAUCGGUGAAUCCCUUCUUCGAAAAAGUACCGUUCGUUCGAAGAAGAAGAAAUUGCAUAACAGAGAGUCGAUUGCGCGUGUCGUCCUCGUCCUCGUCAUUGUCUAGCACAGCCAGGGGUCUUUCGGGUGUCCACCUCGUGAACUUGUUGCCACCAACGAGCCGUCUAGCAACGUUGACGGCCAAUGGCCGUCGUUUGGUGGCCAGAGAGAGAGAGAGAGUACCGUAAGGAUAUUCACGUGUAAGUAAAACAGAGGGGGAUACAGGUGGUGCCCGGUCAACGAUCUUACGCUCCCCGGUUCACGUAUAUAUAAAGAGAAACGGGACGGGCACACGGCAGAUCAACAACGGCAGCCAUGAUCGGCAAGAUAGUUCUGUUCCUUUCCGCUUUGGCUCUGGCAGGAGCGCAGAUACCCAGUCUGGGCUUCUGCCCCGAAUACGUACCCAUGGCCAACUUCGACAUGACCAAGUUCUUGGGCGUUUGGUACGAGGCUGAGAGGUAUUUCCAAUUGACGGAAGUGGUGUCGAGAUGCGUGAUGGCCAAUUACACGUUGGGGGCAGAUGGAAAAUUCCGCGUCAGCAACGAGGUUACGAACAGAUUCACGGGGAUCAAGAGGGUGUUGGAGGGUGAAAUAAAGAAAGCAGCCUCGAAAGCGGAGGAGGGAAAAUUGAUCGUUAAAUACACGAUACCGUUGACACCCGAGACCAAAUACUCGGUCCUCGAGACAGACUACGAAUCGUACGCUGUCCUGUGGAGUUGCUCGGGGAUCGGCCCGUUCCACACCCAGAACGCGUGGGUCAUGACGAGGGAGAGGCUGGCGCCGGGCACGGUGUUGCAAAAGGCGUAUGCAGUUCUGGACAAGUACAAGAUCUCGAAAACGUUCUUCGUGAAGACGAAUCAGGAGGACUGCGCCCUGUUGGACACGAAACCGUCCCAGGAGCCGCAGGUCGAGGGGGGAGAGGAGAAGCCGGAGGACGUGAGAUCGGCGGUGGUCCCGGACGCGCCAAAGGCGAUCCUCGACUCGAAGAAGAGCCCCAACAACGAGAAAGCGGCCCACCCAUCCGAAAAUCCGAGCGAGAAGAAGCCGGCUGCCAACACGGUUCCGGAACGGAUCAUGGAAGUGGCGGAUGCCGUGAAGGAGGAGGAGGAGGAGGAGGAGAAGGAGGCGCCGACGAAAGUAAAGGAGGAGGGGAAUGUAGAACGGGCGGAGGAGAAGAAGAAGCUUUGAAAACUUUAAACUCGUCUUUUAAAUCGGUUAAUGAUAAAUUUUCAGCGAGGGAGGGUUGAAAUGAAAAUUGUAGGGCUUGUAGCGGUCUCGCCGUUUCGGGACCAGUCUCGCCCGUCGAGUUUCGUCGUGGCAUUAUCGAAGCUUUCAUGGAAGGGAGGGUAUAUCGCUUAUUGUUUUAAUUUAUGUACAAAUGUAAGAGGGAGAAAAAAGAAAAAAAAAAAAAGAAAUAAAAAA